AUGGUAAGUCUGCUGUCACAGCCAGUGUCUGUGUCUCUGCAGGCCCGGUGGGUGCUCAGUGCCUCGGCCAGGAGCUGCGAUCAAGCUCAGUACCUCCACCCCAACGGCAGCUGCCUGCCCUGUCUUGUGUGCGACCCCGGGGAGCAGUUGUCAGAGGACUGCGGCUACGGCGACGGCGGGGCUGCGCGCUGCGAGGCGUGUGGCGAGGGGGAGUACAGCGAGGGCUGGGCGCUGGCGCCGUGCUGGCAGUGCACGCGGUGCUCCCUGCUGAACCGCGAGGAGAGGGUGCCCUGUCAGCCCAGCAGCAAUGCCCAGUGUGGCGGCUGCCUGGGGGGGUACUACGAGACGCCGAAGGAGCAAAGUUGCUUGCCCUGCCUCAGCUCCACUGGGGCAAUCCGCCGAGAGUGCCUGCCUCCCCCGACAGCGAGGCCGGAGGAGUGGAAAGGUGUCACCCCUUUUCUAGACAAGGCAUUUCCAGAGGGAAGUACUGGAAGUGGGGCGGUUCCGGACACGCCCCCCGUGGCUGUGAUUGGCGCAGCCUGCGCUGUCUCCGCCUUCUCCCUGGUCCUGCUGCUGUGGGGGCUGCUGCUCUCUGUGGAGCGAAUCAGCGAGUGCCACUCCAGAGCGCGCCAGCCCGCCGGCCCCCGUGCCCCCGACAAGGAGCGCAAGAGCCCUGGGACCCUGGACACUCCCUCUGGACCACCUGACUGUUCGUGUACCCCAGCCUCCCUGCGGAAACUCCUGCCGUUCGGACAGCACAGCCAGGAGGGAGAGCCGGAGCGGAGGCACCCAAGCUCUGGGGGUCCGCCCAGGUCCCGUUACACGCCGUGCUCUGAGAAAGUGCCCCCCCCUGCUUCAAUCGUCAUCAACGUCACCACCAACGUCAAGCCUCCCGGCCAGGGAGGGGGGGGAGACUGGGAGGGGCAGGACGGGCACCACCAGCAGACCCAGCUCUCCCUGGAGGAGAUGGAGCGCAAGACGGAGGAGAUCUGCAAAAUAGCGAAAGGUAGGAGCCUGGAAGAGCUGGACUACGACAGCGUACAGGAGCUGUCUCUGCUGGUGGACGCAGGAGGCCGUGGGGCCCUGAGGGGGCUGGGCCGGGCUCUGAGCGUCUCGCCAGAGGUUCUCGACAACUUGCACGGCUUCCAGGACCUCUUCCAGUACCUGCGCACAUCCACUUACACCCAGGUGCCCCAGCUGGCCUGCGCUGCGGCCUCCCUCCACAGGCCUGACCUUGUUGCUAGGAUACACCAGGCCCUGGUCUCCGUGGAGACCACCUCCUACGGGUAGGGUAGCCCUCAGGCCUUGUUCUGGGCCCAUCUCAGGCUGUGACACUUGCCAAACUGAACAAAGACUUUCAGAGGAGGGUAUCCUUCCCAGGACAAACGAGGGACAGACACAACUAAAUAUUCAGCAACUGUCUCAAAGUGGUUUUCUCACCUGUGGCUUCCUGUUGGGAAUAAACAAUUGCAGCAGAGGAGUGCCUGUGUAGGUUGUGGUGUACAUUAGGUGACACAGGUUGGCUUCUCACACA